ACUGAAUGUAUUUAAAAAUGUGGGAUUUGAAUUAAUUUUAACAUUAUUUGUCCAGCUUUCUUGGCAACCACGUAACCCCUACAAUACCGUUUCCAUACGGAAAUUGAAUUGUGUCUGUUCUAUAUAUGAUGCUAUAUUUAAGGGUAUCUCGAAGACAUGUACGGAUUAGCAUUGUACCUGGGGGUCAGGUGCUGGGACUUAUCCAGCGCUGUUGAAGAAGGGGGAGGAGUCUGACGAGUCGGCGACUAAUAACACUGGCUCCCCUUUCCUUUUCGAGCAACACAGCUACCGAAACCAUCCAGCGGGAAGAAGGCGUCCCAGGAAAACGCAGGUCUCUGCACUGUGAACCGUCGGAGAGAAAGUUUCCGUAAGCUUGCUGCUGACUGACUGACUGAAGAUCAUGGCCAACUUCACUGAUCCAGGGGCGCAUGAGGUACUUCCGUGGGCAAUGAAGAAUCAUCAACACUGAGGGGAUGGAGACACGUGUAAACUUGAAAAGGAUCAAUAUGAAGAUGCAUUUGAAGACAUUCCAAUGGCGUCCCAGAUGGAUUUGAAGAGCUCCCUGGAUGAUUGCAAUGUUGCACUGAGUUUAUUUUUAAAUAAUAAAUUUUCUGAAGCCUUGGAUUUACUACGUCCUUGGUCCAAAGACAGCAUGUACCAUGCCCUAGGUUACAGCACCAUGCAUGCAAUGCAGGCAGCCAUGACAUUCGAGCAACAUGAUAUUCUUGCAGCCAUUGCAACAUUGAAAGAAGCUUUGCAGACCUGUCAAAAAUUUCGGAAAAGAAAUUCUGUGGUGGAGUCAAUAUCACUUUUAAUUUUGAAACGAGGAGCAGACCAGCUGACAGAAGAGGAGAUGCAUGCAGAGAUGUGCUACGCUGAAUGUCUACUUCAGAAGGCAGCUCUGACAUUGGUGCAGGAUGAAAAUAUGAUUAACUUUAUUAAAGGAGGUAUCAAAAUCCGAACAAGUUACAACAUUUACAGGGAAUGCCAACAGAUUGUACAGAUGACACAGGAUCGAGUUAAAACUGAUGUCUACUGCCAGUUUGAAGGUGGUGUCAAGUUAGGGAUUGGAGCGUUUAACCUGAUGCUAUCUUUGCUACCUUUGAGAAUUCUUCGACUGCUUGAAUUUAUUGGAUUUUCAGGUAAUCGGGAUCUGGGAUUAACUAUGCUGCGAGAAGGUGCUACUACUCAUAGCUUGAGAGCAAUAUUGAGUGUCUUGACUCUCUUGAUGUAUCAAACUUACAUCACCGUAGUCCUUGGUGGAGGUGAAGGCAACCUCCAAGAAGCCGAAUCACUACUUGAACCCUACCUCAAGAAGUAUCCCAAUGGUUCCAUUAUAAUGUUUUAUGGCGCCAGAAUAAGCAUACUCAAGGGUAACUUUGAAAUGGCUCAGGUGAAGUUUGAGGAAUGUAUAGCAGCUCAGGAAGAGUGGAGGCAGAUUCACCACCUGUGUUACUGGGAGCUGAUGUGGAGUAACUCAUUUCAGCAGCAAUGGCUGGAGGCAUAUCGGUAUGCAGACCUUCUGUGCAAAGAAAGCCGAUGGUCACAAGCAAUCUACACAUUUCAGAAGGCUGCAAUUCUCAGCAUGCUGCCUGAGAAAGAAGUUAAGCAGACCAGCGAGAAUGUGGAAGAACUAUUCAGACUAGUUGAAAGCCUGAAACAACGAUUUGCUGGGAAAUCUAUCCCCACAGAGAAGUUUGCAAUAAGAAAAGCUAGACGAUACAUGUCUCCAACACCUGUCAAGCUGGUCCUUCCUCCUCUGGAAAUGAUGUAUAUUUGGAAUGGAUUUGCAAUACUGGGAAAACGAGCAGACCUGACAGAGAACAUGCUGGUUACAAUAGAAAAGGCAGAAACAGAAUUACAAAAGAACCCAAAGCCUGUCGAAUACCAAGUGGAUGAUGAGAGUCUUGUACAACUUCUAAAAGGGCUAUGCCUGAAACACUUAGGCCGUUAUUUACAAGCAGAACUUUGCCUCAAUCAAGUGAUACAGAAUGAGAAGAGGAUAAGAUAUGACCAUUACUUGGUACCCUAUGCUCAUUAUGAAAUGGGAAUGUUACACAAAGGGCAAGGAGAGUGGGAAAAAGCAAAAAGAGCCAUUGAAACUGCAAAGAAUAACUACAAGGACUAUUCAAUGGAAUCUAGGUUACAUUUUAGGAUCCAUGCUGCAUUGAAUAGCUUAAAUACCUCAAACCAAGAUCAUCCCUGAAGUAUGUUGCAAUAAACAAGUGCUCUGUGUGGGUUGUGGUGACAAUGCAAAUCACAGAAUGGAGCAAAAUAAUGAUGACACUAUGUAAUGCACUGAAAUUAUUGUGAAUUCAAUAAUAUGUUCCCUUAAUUCUUAUGUUACAAUUUAUCCAGGCAAUUUUCUACAACUAUAAAAUAAGUUAAUAACUAUUAAAUAUGUUAAAUAUUAAUCUUAUUGCUUAGAAAUAAAAGAUGACGAUUUGCUCUUUUUCAAAAAAUAUAUAAGAUUUCUUUUUACUUGAAUACAGCCAAGACAAUUGCUGGUGCAAUAAAUGUAUUUAGUAAUUUAGGCAGAUUAUUUUUAUUUUUAUUUUUAAGUUCUUCUAAUGGAAGGAAAGCUUGCAACCAGAAUGCAUGAAUAAAUAGCCUUACAAAUGUUUGACAUCCAAAUAAAAGCAGGCCAUUUUGAAAUGCACAGCUGAAAAAAGAAAUACAGUUUGGAUCAUGGGUUUAUUAGUUACUGAAAGAGUUCAUGCUAAUUUGGGUGUUUGGGUCCAUGAACUUGUCAUUGUAGAUUUGCUUGUUCAGUGCUUGCCACUUAAUAGGGAAUCAUCUAUUCAUGUCAAUUCCAACUAGAAAUAGAUCAUCAUUACCCGAAACACAAUAAAAAAACCUCAUGUAACCAAAAAUGGGAUUGUUGUCAGCACGUCUGUCAAACUUUCUUGCAAAGCUCAACUACACCACACUUAUUUGUUGGGCAGGUUGCAUAGAUAUUGGGCAGAGUAUUGGGCUCUGGAGCUAAGAUCUUUAAGAUUUUUGGACUGUGCCGUUUAAGCAGCAUACACAUUAAUGGGCACUUGAGGCAUUGAGGCAAAUCCUUAUACCCAAAGAAAAUAAAGUUUUGAAUCAUUCUCCAGUGAACAGCAUUAAAACAUUGAAAACUAAUUACAGACUGAUGCAAUGAAUCCAAUAGCUGAUUAACAUAUAUGCCACAUCAAUUAUUUCUAUAAUAGAAUAACCCUCAAAACAUUUAGUGCAUUUGGUUCUGAUUUUUAUUAAAAUUUCUUGCCUUUACAAAUUGUAUCCUAAAUAUGUUUUCAUAUACACUGUUUUCCAGUGUAUGUAUAUUCCAGUAUAUGUACCAGUGUACUUUAUUGUACAUCUUUGCAUAUUUCCAAAUAAUUAUGUGCAUGUACAGACAAUGAUCCUACAAGAACUUUGUUUGUUGGAGUUCUUUUAUCAUACAAAAAUUAGCGAGAAUCUUUUUGUUGUAUUUCUAUUGAUACCACUGCAUUCAGGUUCAAAUGUUUCACUACAAGUUUUGUUUUCUCGGUGAGCCUUAUAAUUUUAAACAAUAGUAACAUUUUAGGUUUUCAUUCUCAUGAUUUUAAAAUAUUCUGCAUCUGAUUUAAAAAAAAAAUUAAAAUUCUGUUUGGGUUUUCUAUAAUUUCAAUAAAUCAAAAUUUAUAGAAAUGCAAUGAAAUGAGCAGUUACAUAUUGUCAUGAUACACGUGGCAUCGAAAGGUAACGUAGAGUGAUUCUGGCUGUUUAUAUAACAUUGUGUAGACAAUAGGCAAUAGACAAUAGGUGCAGGAGUAGGCCAUUCGGCCCUUCGAGCCAGCACCGCCAUUCAAUGUGAUCAUGGCUGAUCAUCCCCAGUCAGUAUCCCGUUCCUGCCUUCUCCCCAUAUCCCCUGACUCCGCUAUUUUUAAGCCCUAUCUAGCUCUCUCUUGAAAGCAUCCAGAGAACCCGCCUCCACCGCCCUCUGAGGCAGAGAAUUCCACAGACUCACCACACUCUGUGAGAAAAAGUGUUUCCUCAUCUCCGUUCUAAAUGGCUUACUCCGUAUUCUUAAACUGUGGCCCCUGGUUCUGGACUCCCCCAACAUCGGGAACAUGUUUCCUGCCUCUAGCGUGUCCAAACCCUUGCCAAUUUAUAUGUCGCAAUGAGAUCUCCUCUCAUCCUUCUAAACUCCAGAGUGUACAAGCCCAUUCUCUCAGCAUAUGACAGACCCGCCAUCCCGGGAAUUAACCUUGUAAACCUACGCUGCACCCUCAAUAGCAAGAAUGUCCUUCCUCAAAUUAGGGGACCAAAACUGUACACAAUUAUAGUUGUUUGCAUUUUGUUUAUGCAUCAUAUAUCUAUAAUAACAUACACAAGGCAACGAAUGGCACCAUAUUCUAGUUGAGUCACAUUUAAAUACAAUUAAAAUAGUUCACGCCUGAUAGCUGACACAAUCUCGUCCCACUUAUAUGCUCUUAGUAAAUUGUUAUGUGUUUCAGUCGAGAAACCUCCUGUGGACUUUUUGCUUUAUCGUAUUUUUAUGAACUUAUCAUUUAUUAAGAUUUUCUCUGAAACUAAUGACAAAUCAUCUCAACUAAUUUGGACUCAAUUUAGUGGUGCAUUGUUUGAGGACAGCACACAUGAAAUUAUAACAGCCAUACUGUUUUCAGUAGGGCCAAUUGUACAAACAGAAUUCUAAUCAUUUUAUAAAAGAACUUGGAUGCAGAAUUGUUGUAAUUCAUGAAUACAGAAACCUAAAAGCCAAAGACGAGAGAAAAUACAGAUAAUAGAUGAAAAUGGCACAAACAAAAUUAAACAGAUGUUCUUGCAGGUUUUUAAAUGCAUUGAUGGAGUCAAGACAAUAUCUAUAUCUAGAAGGUUCUAAUAGGAAACAUUAUAAACAAAUGGCACUGCUUCACGGACAGUAAUGGGGAAAGAAUGCUCAUAACAAAAUUUGGCAAAGCAGGGAAUUGCUGAACAGCUUUUCCAGUGGACAAUUUUCUCUCUGCGAUAUCUUAUUAAGUCAAUAUUGAAAUCAAAAAUAGCAGGAACAUGUUGGCAUGAUCACUGGCAACUUAGCACAAGACUUUUGUGCAGUUGUUGUAGCUCAGGCAGUGCUUUAUUAUCACAAAAAUCUGUGCAUAAUUUAUUAUUGCUAUCUAAUGUACUAUGUGUUGGUCUCGAACUUGUAACUCAAACAAUUUGUCUAUUCGCCUCUUGUAGUUUGAGGUUUGUUAAAAUGUAGUUCUCUGGGGAAUAUUCUGAUCAAAGCCAAUAAUCUCUCCCUAUAAUUAAUUGUGUGUGUUUUUACACCCUGUGUUAGAAGGACUGUUAUAUUUUAUAUAAAUAAUUAAUGUCACAAAUCAGAUGUUACAGUUUAUUGAAUUUCUCUUGUUUGAUAGUUGGUUAGAUGGAUCUUAUAUUUCAGAAAUUUGGACACGAAUGAAUUUAUUUUGGGUUAUUUAAAAAAAAUUAUAAGAUUUAGAUGACAGAAUAGUUUCAGUGAAUUAUUUCCAAGUUCUAAUAUUUGAAUGUUAUGUUUCACUUUGACACUUGCUAUCGCAGGCUGGGAAAAUGGGGCUGGUAUCAGCUGCAGUAAACACCCAGAGCAUACAUCCGUAUAGUACAGGUGCAAGUCCUUCGGCCCACCAUGCCUGUGUGGAACACGAUGCUAAUCUAAACUAAUCCUAGAUUCCUGCACAAUUGUAACCCUCUAAUCCAUACCUGUUCCUGUAUCUGUCUAAAUAUCAUUUAAACCAAUUUCUAAUAUUUUACAUUUUCACCCUGGGAAACGUUCUCUAACUAUGUACCCUGUCACCAUAUGAUCUAUCACCAUAGAACACAGAACAGUGGAGUACAGGAACAGGCCCUUGAGCCCACAAUGCCCGUGCCAAACAUAAUUGUAAAUGAUUCUAUCAGGUCGCCCCUCAGCCUCUGACAUUCCAGGGAAAAUAAGUUUGUCCAGCCUCACUUUAUAGCCAAUCCAGUUGCAACAACAUUUUGCUGAAUCUCUCGUACACCUCUUUCAAAGUCUCCACAUACUUGCUGGAACUGCGCACAAUAGUCCAAAUGUGGCCUGAUUAACAUUUGACACAGCUACAACAUGACUUGUCAACGUUUAUAUUCAGGGGCGGACCGAUAAAGGCAAAUAUUCCUUGUUAACCACACUAUAUAUGUUGUGAAUUUCAGAGAGCUAUGAACUUGCAAUUUUAUGACACUUCCCAUCUCUCCUAUAUUUUGUAUUCAUCUUUGGUCAAUGUUUUUGCAUCUAUCUGAAGUGUGGCUUGUUGCAUGUGCAGAGGUGUUUUGCUAAGCAGCAGAAUAGGCCUUAAUGUUGGGCUGAAGUGGUUGGAUUCCUCUCCUCACAGUCUGAUGCCUGCUCAGGUUACUAUAACUAGAAUGUGUGCUUGGAUUAAAAAAUAGAAAUAGAAAAUCUAAAAUUAUUUUAGUUUAAUUACAUACCGAACCAAUGCAGCAUUUUUUAGAUGUCAUAUUUUGAAUAAUCUUCUAAUUCAAUAUUUUAUUAAUACCUAUAAUCUCCAAUCGUAAUCAUUCCAGGAAUAUAUUUUCCAUUUGAUUUUUCGACACCCAAAGUCUCUGACGAGGAUUGAAAUACAUUUUCAUGUCUUAAAAAUUAUGAGUCGAUGCUUUUAGGUGAAUCAAGAGCCAGAAGACAUAUUUUUAAGGUGAGAGGGACAAGAUUUACUAGGAACCCGAGGUGUAACAUUUUCACACAGUAGAAGGUUAGUAUAUAGAACAAGUUGCUAGAGCAAUAGUUGAAACAGGUACUAUAACAACAUUUUAAAGGCAUUUGGAUUGGUACAUGGAUCAAAAAGGUUAGAGGGAUAUGGGACUAACACAGGCAGGUGGGAGAAGUGAAGAUGGAGCAUCUUGGUCGGCAUGGGCAAGAUGGGUUGAAGGGCCUGUAAGACUCCUAUAUAUCAACUCCCUAUAAUUAACACAAUUUGAUUAUUUUAAAAAAUCCUUACUUUGCCCAAGCAGACAUUUUACUGUUGGCAUUACAGUUCUACAUGAAUUCAAACCUUGACUAAACAUUUGUAUACUAUUUGAAGAAUACACAUACAAUCCAGCAGUGAUUGAGAAUUAUAUUAUUAGGCUAAAAGUGCAACUCAACUCAAAUAUUGUACCACUUUGGCCACAUACUUCAAGAUUUCACAGUUAAAAUAAUGGCAAAUCUAUCAGCAUUUACCAUUAUAACAUUGUGAAACAGACAGCAUUUUCUUGACUGCAGGCUUCGGUUGUUCAUCACAGCAAUCUGGAAAUUCAGUGAUUGCAUUCUCUUCUCAUGUAGUCUGCAGCCAUUGGUGAUCCAGUGAAAACUUCAGUUAUUUAUAAUUGUUUAAAACACUGAGAAUAUUAUGCUUCUUGAUGUUUCAAAUAUGUCAUUAGGGGCAUUCUUAAUCCUAAUUAUACUUUGAAAUAUUUAUCCAAUUAAUUCAAUGCAUAAGAUUUGAUUGUUGAGGUUAGAAAGGUUACCAAGUGUAACUACACUUGAUAAAGGUUUCAAAAUACAUUGGAUUUGGAUUGGAUUUUAAAAUAUUUAAGGGUAAUGGCUAUCCUUUAAAUCCAAUCCUAGUUUUAACUUUGGAAAUACUCUCUUGUGAGGAAUUUUUACAGCCUCCAAUUCUCUCUGGCAAAAUGUUUUUCUAUUUAAUUGAUAAUCUUCACAAUAGCAUUCAACGGCUUUGUUGAAACUAUAUAAUGGAUUUGGAUGAGGUGCAUUUGCGAGGUGGGUUGAUCAGUUUGCUAGGCUUGUGAACAAUGUUCAGCAGAUCUUUCACUUUAAGAGGUUUCCAUUGUGAUGAACAAAACUAAACUUGUCUGGCAGCCUGCACUGAUAUGAACAAAGCAUUAUUCCAUAAUUGUACUUGAUUAUUAAAAGAAGAUUUAUUUGAAUUAAAUAAUAAUCAUGGUAAUUACAGGUGGUUUUAAUUGUUCCAUUCCAAAAUGGUGUAAAGUGUUAGAAACUUUACACUUGAUGGGUAGAGAGGAAAUCUCCUUUCUGACCAUCAAUAAAACUGCAUAUCUGUAGCACUUCGAAUAAAUUGGCAAAAUAAAAUAUGCCAGAGACACUUUUUGGAAUUGCAAACGUUUAUUAUUUAUUUUGUCCAAAUUUUAUUAUAGCUCUAAAAUAGAAAAACAUUGGACAUGUUUGCACUGUAAUUAUAUUUUGGGAGAAGCAAACAGAGUGAAUGAGAAUACUAAGUAUUUUUCUUGUUGUUCAUGUUGUGCAUUUUUAGCUUAUUCUGUGAUGCGUUGCUUCCCAUUAUGAAAUGGUAAUUAUAAUUAUAGGCAAUAUUGCCAUUAGAUCACUCGGUUUAGAUAUCGUGUAAAUGUUUGUUUUUUUAACCAAAAGUUGAAAUAUUGCCAGUUGAUUCUAAAAGUGUACUUCCAGAUGCAUUAGGUAAUGAUGGUGUUAAUAUUGAUACUGAGUCACACCAUGCAAUGUUGUAUUGUAAUUUAUCCUCUGAAGAACACCGAAUUAAUCCAAAACAAAGGAAAAAUGUUUAUCCCGAUAUUAAGUUGUAUCUCUUGUUUACAAUAAAAUAAGAUUGUGUGGGUGAUAAUAAAAAUAUAUUUGUGUUUACUUCAAAAGUCGUCAAUAUAUUUCAUAGUUAAAUUGCAAAUGUAUUUAUUAUCAGUAGUACAUUCUAAUCAAACCAAUUGAAUUGGUGUAAAGUUCAUUGUUUCAUAGUUCAUUUAUUCUGGUAUUGUCACUAGUACAGAGAUAAUUUGUGGCUCCAUGUAAUGUGUUGCUGCUGUGUGACCAACCCACCUCUGUCCAACUAUCCUAACAAUGUAUUUAGUCAUGGAGUCAUACAGCAUGGAAGCAGGCCCUUCGGCCCAACUUGCCCAUGUGGACCAACAUGCCCCAUCUACACUAGUCCCACCUGCUGGCUUUUGGCCACAUAUCCUUCUAAACCUAUUCUAUCCAUGUACCUGUCCAAAUGUAUUUUAAAUGUUGCCAUAGUACUUGCCGUAACUACCUCUUCUGGAGCUUGUUCCAUGCACCCACCACCCUUUGUGUAAAAAUAAAGUUGCCCCUCAAGUUCCUAUUAAAUCUUUCCCCACUUACCUUAAACUUUUUUCCUCUGGUUGUUGAUUCCCCUACUCUGGGUAAAAGACUCUGUGUAUUUAACUUAUCUAAUCACCUCAUGAUUUUAUACACCUCUAUAAGAUCGCCCCUCAUCCUCCUGCAUGCCAAGGAAUAAAGUCUUAGCCUGCACAACCUCUCCCUAUAGUUCAGGCCCUCAAGUCCUGGCCACAUCUUCAUAACUUUUUUCUGUACCCUUUCCAGCUUAACAAUAUCUUUCCUAUUCAGAGUGACAAAAACUGAACACAAUACUCCAAAUGUGGCCUCACCAAUGUCUUGUACAAUUGUAACAUAACCUCACAACCAAUACUCUGACAAAUGAAGGCUAAUGUAUCGAAAGCCGUCUUCACCACCCUAUCUACCUGUGAUGCCACUUUCAAGAAAUGCCACUUUUGAAUUCCCAGCUUGACUUCCCAGAAUGCCCGUAAUGAACAAUAAGGAAACACUAAAGUGAAAUAAAUAUCAAACAUGGAAAUCAGUACCGGAGGUAUAAGGCACUGCAUUAUGGUUUUGGGUGGAAUCACUGCUCCCAUUUAGCAAUUUUAUUUCCACUUGAGGAAAGCGUAUUGGAAAUGGCAUUACAUGGGGAAGAAAUUUGAAGUGUGGGGUCAAUAAAAUGAAGAGACACAUUGAAAAGUUUUAAAUGCAUUGAACGUCAAAGUUGGAGUGCUGUGGGUUGAGCAAAAACUGGGAGAAAUCAGAGGGAGGAAAUAAUUAAAUAUCUUAGUUUGGGACAAAAAAAAUGAUCAUGAAACAUAUACUGUACAAUCUCAGUGUUUAACAUGUUACUGUUCUGUCUAUCUGAAUACACUUUUAAGAGGGUGCCAUUUUUAUACUCUGGGCUUUAAUUCAGAAAACUUGAACACUCCAUUCAUGUUGAAGCACCUGUGAAGUUCACCACAGUCAUCUUUCAUGUUUAUAAAUUAACAUGAAUUAUUGAACAUGUUUUCUGUUUGGACAUGACAUUCUGCUGAAAACUGCAUGUUGCUCUUACAACCCAUUUUAUAUCAAAUAUUAAUUUCCUAAAGGUUUUUUUCUACCCCAGGCCAGAACAAAUAUCUGUCUUAACUGAACUAUAGAUAUAUAUUGUCAGGGAGAUGGGAAACAAGCUUUGCCCUUGCAAUCGACAAUCUGGGCUUUAAUUCAACCCAAACUGACGUGAGAUCUGGAUGUCCAUCCUGAAAUACAUUAGUUACAACUGUGUAAUAGAAAAUGCAACAGCAAAGGUACAGGUAAUUGAGAAUGGUUUUCAGGUACAUGAUGAUGACAGAAACUCACUAUAUACAAUAUACCCCAACAAACAUUUACAGAUGCACUGUAGCAGUCUUUUUCCUUUACUAUUUGCAAACUUUUUUGCGUGAUUUCUGUAUAAUUUACUUAUAUUUGCUUGUUCAAGUCUAUGUGCCCAUGAUGCUGCUGCAAGCAAGAUUUUAUUUGUACCUGCACCCCAUUGCACUUGUGCAUAUAACAAUAAAUUAACUUCUUAACUUCCUAGCUUUCUCCCUAAAAUCCUAUACAAGUACACUUCCAAAUUGAUAACACCCUAGCAUCUUUCCCAGUACUCAAGGUGUUGAUUCUACUAAGAGUUAAAACAUCAAAUGCAACUACAGAACAGCAGGAAUCUCCUAUUUGCUGUCCUUCACCCUAUAAAUCUUAAUAAGACCAUCCCAACUGUGGUAGCCUUGCUAAACACAUUUUGUUAGUGUGGUUGCUUGUUUGAUUAAGUUUCAAAAUAUGUCACCAUUUCAUCUGGAUAUGGAAGACAAUUUCAAGGGAGGUGUGUGUAAAAGGCACCAUUUCGAGACCUCCUUGGCCAAUCUUAUUGAUGAAAACCCCAACAACCAUCUACUGUAUAUCUAAGAUAGACACAAUAUGCUGGAAUAACAGUGGGACAGGCAGCAUCUCUGGAGAGAAGGAAUGGGUGAUGAUUCGGGUCGAGAUCCAAUAGACAAUAGGCGCAGGAGUAGGCCAUUCGGCGCUUUGAACCAGCACCGCUAUUCAAUGUGAUAAUGGCUGAUCAUCUCCAAUCAGUACCCCGUUCCUGUCUUCUCCCCAUAUCCCCUGAAUCCGCUAUCAUCCUUCUUCAGAAUGAGAGUCGGG